AUGAAAUAUAUACUUACAGAAGAGCAUGUAGAUAUCCCUGAGAAGAUCGAAAUCAAGGCAAACUCAAAGAAAGUCGAAGUUAAAGGACCAAGAGGAAUCUUGCACAGAAAUUUCAAACAUGCUUCCAUUGAUAUUUAAAAGGAGAAAUCUAGAGUUAACAUUAGAAUGUGGUAAUCAUACAGAAAGCAAAGAUGUUAAGUGAACUCAGUUGCUGCUUAAAUAAAGAAUAUGAUUAGAGGUGUUACUUCAGGAUAUAAAUUCAAAAUGGUUUUAGCAUAUGCUCACUUUCCAAUCAUCAUCAAUUUAUUAGAAAAGGGAGCAGGAGUUGAAAUAAAGAACUUCUUGGGAGAAAAAAUAGUUAGAACAAUCAAAUGUUUACCAGGAGUAGUGAUCACUAGAAAUGAAGCUGAAGAAAAGAAUGUUUUAACCCUCACCGGAAAUGACCUUAAUAACGUAUCAUUAACAUGCGCAUUAAUUCAUUAAGCCUGUGCAGUUAAAAAUAAAGAUAUCAGAUAAUUCUUAGACGGAAUCUACGUUUCAGAAAAGCGUUUAGAAGUUUGACAUUGAAUAUUAUAAAGUAUAUUAUGACAUAUAUUUAUAUUGUAUUAUGGCUUAUAAAA